CAAAAACAACUCAGGAUAUACCUGUCACGAUCAAAACAUCGGAUCUUAUAUUUUUCAGUAAGCAUCUGUGAUUCCAACAUAAAAUGGAUUUUUCAAAGAAAAUAAAAAAAAACGGCCUUUUUUAUUACCGUCGUAAAAAGAUUCUUGAGAGAUGGACCAAGGAAAACCGAUUAUUUCAGUCAGAGCUUUGCAACAUCAACCAACAACCAUCGUCUACUGUGAAGGAGAUAACUCCAUCGGAAGGUAGGGAUGUGGAUGAAAUUAUAGACACUGAAUGUACCGGUACACAGGAACCUGAUCCCUAUGAAAAUUUCAACAAAAAUGAACCCACAACGAACAUUGCAGAGGUCGAUUUAGCUAUCUCUGGGCUAAAUGGUGACCUCCUAUCUACAGACGAACUUGAUUCAAUGAGUCUUGAAGAGAGCAUCCGCUUUUGGGCUUUAAAAACAAAUCAAUCCCAUCAAUCAAUCAAUUUGAUUAUGGACAUCAUACGGAAAAAGACGGAUGGGAAGCAAUUGCCACGUUCCGCUCGAUCAUUGCUGAAAACUGCACGAAAUGCUUCAUCAAAUAUCGUAGACAUUGGAGGUGGUCAAUAUUGGUAUUAUGGGAUUCAAAAAUGCCUUGCAGAUUUUUUUCGCAACAUUGAUCACCCCAUUACCAUUUCAAUCAACGUGAACAUCGAUGGAAUUCCUAUUUACAAAAGCAGCAAAGCUCAGUUUUGGCCAAUACUAUUCAACAUAUUUGAACACCCGGAAGUUAAGCCAAUGACCAUUGCCAUAUUCCUUGGAACUUCAAAACCUGAAAGCCUGGACGAAUUUUUGCGACCAUUUGUUAACGAGCUAAAAUAUGUGUUAAACCAUGGAGUUAUUUUGAAUGGUCACAAAAUUAGUAUUCGAAUGAGAUGCUUCAUAUGUGAUUCACCUGCACGUGCCUUCAUAAAAGGUAUAUCAGAAGUUAUCAUUUCAUUAUGGUCAUGUCUAAUAAAAAUGUUUAACAUUUUUUAGGAGUA